GGAUUCAACUACGCUGUGCGUGCGCGCUCCCGCGACAGGGGUUGCAGAUCUCGGCAGGCACGCAGUUGUCAGCAUAGGAACGGCGGUGUUUCUGUUUGUGGGAGUCGGAGCUGAAGAUUCGGAGCAGGAACCAUGUCUUCAGAACCUCAGGAAGGUUCUGUCAGCGAACAACUUUCAGCUGCUGAAGGAACCAUCGUCCAGAACGAGCAGGAGCUCUGUCGUCAGCGCAGACUGCUGGAUAUCAGCUGGAACCCGAAGCUCCAGCUCCACCUAGCAGUCCUCCCCCAGCAUAAUGCAAGUGAGGAAGAGGAUCUUUGCAACCAACAGAGGGAUUUAAGAGUGGAACAAGGGGAACCAGAUUCUCCAAAAAUUAAAGAGGAACAGGAGGAACAAGAGCCUCUACAAAUUAAAGCAGAGUGGGAAGAACAACUAUCUACACGGAUUAAAGAGGAGAAACAGGAAGAACUACAACAUACACAGAUUAAAGAUGAACAGGAGGAACAAGAAAUUACAUACAUUAAAGAAGAGCUGGAGGAGCAAGGACCUACACAGAUGAAAGAGGAACAAGAAGAACCACAACCUCUAUUGACAAAAGAAGAGUUCUACAUCAGUCAUGAUAGGGAUCAGCUUGAUCUGAAGCAGGAGACUGAUACCUUGAUGGAGAUUCCUAUUUAUGAGGAAGAUGAGAACAGUAGUCAGGAUGACGAAGGAAGCCAACAUGAAGAAUCAACAUCAACUACAGAUGAAGAGACAGACCCACAGAACAGAGAUCAGAGGAAGAGAAGAGACAUAAUUUAUGUCCAAAAUGUGGACAGCUCUCUCAUGCCAGAAGGUCGGUGUGACUCUGAUUUUAGAAAAAGCUUCAGGAAGGCAACUUUGGUUAAGAAACAAUCUUCAAACAAAAAGAGACUUUCCUCUGUAAAGUCUGGCGAAAGCUCAAGAAUCGAUAAUAAUGUCUUUGUCCACACGAGCAAUGAUUCUGAUGACACACUUCAUAUCUGUCCAGAAUGUGAUAAAAGCUUUAGUUGUGCAUCUUAUCUCAAAACACACAUGAGAACUCAUACAAAAGAAAAGUCUUUUUCAUGCGAAGAAUGUGAUACAAGUUUUGAUCGAAUAUCUAACCUCAAGAGACACAUUAGAACCCACACAGGAGAGAAGCCUUUUUCUUGUAAAGUUUGUAAUACAAGUUUUAGUCAGAUAUGUAGUCUAAAAAGACACAUGAGAACUCACAUAGAAGAGAAGCCCUUUUUUUGUAAAGAAUGUACAACAAGCUUUAGACAUGUAUCUAGUCUCAAAAGACACAUGAGAACUCACACAGGAGAGAAGCCUUUUUCGUGUAAAGAAUGUAACACAAGUUUUAGUCAGAUAUGUAGUCUCAAAAGACACAUGAGAACUCAUAUAGAAGAGAAUACUUUCUAGACAAAAAAUGUAAUUAAGAAUUAGGUGAAAAAAGUGAAUACAUAUAUUAAAGAAAACUCCUUAGGUCCCACAACAAUCUGCUAAUUAACUUCAAACACUUGCCAUGACCUUACUCAGCCUUUAAAUUGUCACUUAGUCUCAGUCAGUAGAAUAAAAUAGAUUCUAAAGCACUUUAUACAACUGUCUACUUACAAGCUGUCUGGAGAUUCUGAUUUUAUUUUUCAGCAGCACUUUGAUUAUUCCCACUUUACUAAAGGUACAUAAAUCUGCUUAUCCCCAAACAUCAGUUACCAACAAAGUCUCCUAACCUGAACCCAAUUUAAAAAAAUAAUCUAUGAACUGUGAAGAGGAAGACAAGACACCAAACCUAACAAUGAAGAUGACCUGAAGCUAUCAAGCAACCCGAGCUUUCAUUACAUGAACACGGAGCCACAGGCUGACACCAUUUUUUAGGUUUUCAUCAUACAUAAACCACUAGGAUCACAAUGUUCAAAAUAAAGGAA